GCGGGCAAACAACAACCCCCGUAUACAUUAUCGUUUGAUUGCGUCGGGGGAUCAGGUGAUGAAAGACGCCACAAUCCGGCUGCGCUAGCUGCUACUGCCUACGCAAGGGUUUUAUUGUCGUUUGUUCCUGUCAGCUGCCAAAAGAAGGAUCUGCAUCUGUCCCCGCAAGACCAGAGCGCGAUGCAGCACUGCUGUGUCACUGAUAUGUCAACAGAGAUCGGGUCCCUUCAGCGCCAGAAGGAUAUUCUGCUCUAUGAUUCUUACAGCUGGGUACUCCCCACCCAGGAGUUUAGGAUCUUCGUCGACUGGAGCGACAGCGGAAAGAGCCUUUUAUGGGUAAGAGGCGACGCGGGGAAGGGUAAAACGAUGUUGCUAAUCGGCGUUGUCCAUGAGCUAGAGGCCCACCUUGAACUACACUUUGAUGAGUACUGUUUAUCAUACUUCUUCUGUCGUGGAACAGAAAACAGACUUAAUACGGCGACUGCGGUUCUGAGGGGGUUGAUAUGGAUGAUCCUGCGUCAAAAGAAGUCACUCAUCCUCCAUCUCACCAAAGCCUUUACAGAUCUUGGACCUGUUCUGUUCGAAGACCACACGGCGUUUUAUAACCUCAAGAGAGUGUUUAGUAAUAUGCUUGAGGAUCAAGGCCUGGGAAGGAUAUAUCUUGUGGUGGAUGGCCUCGAUGAAUGUCGGAGGGAAGAGCCGGGCUUGUCGCAGCUUCUGGAGUUGGUGGCGGAAACAUCAACCAACAGAAGAGUGAAAUGGCUCCUUUCGAGUCGAAAUGAAUCUUCGAUCGAUGAAGCAUUAGGGACCCACGCGGAAAAUGGGCAACUUUGCCUCGAACUAAUUGCUGCCUCGGUGUCUGGGGCAGUUAAUGCCUAUAUCAGUCAUAAAAUGUCGGAGCUCAGAGAUCAAUAUCAGCACAAGCUGCGCCGGAACGGAAACCUCUCGUCCUGGAAGUUAGCGGGGUUGAUUCAAAAUAUUGAACAUGUGCUACAAGAUAGAUCCUAUGGCACUUUCCUGUGGGUGGCUCUGAUGAUCAAAGAGCUCAAGACAUGCGCACCCGACAAAGCUCUCGAGAAAGUGAAAAAGGCUCCUCCUGGCUUACACGAUCUUUGCACGACGAUUCUGCAUAAUCUCACCAAGCCCGAUCAUGCUGAAGACUGUGGGAAAGUUCUUUUGAUCAUGGCUAACGCAUAUCAGUCUCUUGACUUGACCGAAAUAGUAGCGUUGGCGCAGUUGGAUGAAUUGGCUGCCCAUGAAUCCAUUGUGAGACACUGUGACUUUCUUACCUUCAGGGAGGACAUUCAGAUUGUUUCCUUCAUGCAACAGUCAGCCAAAGACUUCCUUGUUCAAGAUCAAGGUCCCGCAGUUAUACAUGAGAUUUUUCCACGAGGGCACAAGGAAGGACAUAGCAUGAUUUUGUCAGCAUCCCUUACCGUCAUGGAGUCUUUGAAAAGAGACAUUUUCGACUGGCGGCAUGCUGGUUACGAUAUCGACGAGGUCGUAGUUCCUCACCAGGAUCCACUUGAGUCUCUUCGAUUUUCCUGCCUCUAUUGGAUCGACCAUCUCUGUGACAUGAAGACCGGACCAGAGGAAGGUUCCCUGCUUGACGAGGGCAGUCACUUUUGGAUAGAUCGCUCUCUUUACUGGCUCGAGGCUCUAAGUCUCCUGAGAAGUUACUCUGUGGCUGUGCUAAGCACAGCUAAUGUCAUUGAAAUGCUCAGGCGUAUCUCCCCGAAGCCAAUAUUUAUUUGUUUGGUUGGAGAUUUUUACCGAUUUACCCUGGCAAACCGAACAGCUAUCGAGAAAUUUCCCCUUCAAACAUAUGUCGCGACGCUCAUAUUUGCUCCAGAACAGAGUGCUAUACGUCGACUUUUUAAGCAUGAGGAGCCUAGAUGAAUUACUACCAAGCCAGAGAUGGAGCCGGAAUGGAGUGCCUGUCUCCAGACUCUGCAAACGGAUAAUAAAAUUCACUCCGUCCCUUGUUCUCCUGAUGGGACGCUUAUAGCAGCAGGGGGCUAUGGCCGCACUGUGAGAAUUUGGGAGUCAGCCAGCGGUCACUAUCUCAAGACGCUUCAUGGCCACGGCGACGAAAUCAAGUCGGUCGCUUUCUUGCACAGCAACAAUCCGACCGCAUCAGGUUCGGACGACUUAAUAAUCAGAAUAUGGGAUGUUCAGAGUGGCGAUUGUCUCAGAACACUUGUGGGACAUGCUAAAGGAAUCAAAGCAGUAAUUUCAUCUCCCGGGGAUUAUCUCUUGCGAUGGCGGUGGCAUUGUCAAGAUCUGGGAUUAUGAUCGCGGUCUGUCUCAGCACACUUGACACCGAUGCCAAGUACUCUGGGUUGAUCGCC